CUUUGUUGGCAGUAGCACGUAUGCGGUUCCGUCUGAGAUGGAAGCGUUAAACUUUUGUCGGUUUUUGAAUUAAAUUAUUUAGCAUUGCGAAGAUCGUGUUUUAUGCGCAUACACCUGUGGAAUAUCACAUCGGUAUGAACGGCCACGUCAAUGAAAAGUACAGCGCUCGUGGAACCCCAGUACCGAAGAAAACUCUCCUGACUGUCUUAUGCCUUCUUACACUGGAGGCUACAGUGGUCACUCAUGGGUCUGUAGUUGCUGCCCCCCAAGACAUUUGGUUCAAAUCCUACAAUCUGAAGAAUGUUCUGGAAUGGAGGCCUGGAGAUGGAGCAGGAAACAAGACACGCUACAGAGUUCAGUAUGCAAUAUAUGGUGAUCAGGAAAAGAACAAGGAAAGGGUGAUGUGGAGGACCAAGAGGCAGUGUAAGGAAGUUCUCCAGACCUUCUGCGAUCUGUCAAAUGAGACCAGCGACCUGGAAGAAGAGUACUACGGCAGGGUGAAAGCCGUCAACACAGCAGGCACCUCGGAAUGGACCACAACAAGCAGGUUCAUCCCCAAGAGGCAGACCACCUUUGGACCUCCCAUUGUAAAAGUCACAGUCAAUGAGAGGAAACUCAUCAUUAAACUGAAAGGCCCAAUGAGGUGGAAGAUUGGGAACAGGUCAAAAGAGUAUUCAUUGGCAAAGUACUACCCUCAGAUGAUGUACAAUGUAUCCAUCCACAACAGCAUGACCAAGAAAACGAUCAUUUUCCUUCUUCAGAACAAUUCAAUUGAAUAUGGCCUUUUGGACUAUAGCACUGAGUUCUGCGUGUCUGCGAAGGUCCUGUUUUUAUCCUUAGUACUCCAAGCUGAUGGUUCCCACAAACACUGCAUAACGACAGCCAAAGAUCCCUUUUUUGACCAGAUCUUGCUGGUGAUCCUGGGAUACGUUUUGCCAUUAGCGUUAACAAUAUUUUUCCUGACGCUGAUCGGAUGCCUUGUGUACCGCUACAUUUUUGGAAAUAAACAGAAAACGCCAUCCAACCUGUGGGUGCAGCACCAGCCCGACACUAAACUCCUGCUCACCGUGAACCACUUCACCAUCAGCCUGCCAAAGACCAGCUGUGAGAAGGAGCAAUGGGAGGCGGAAGGCCCCAGGAAGCCCUUGUUCCCAGCCCUGAAAGAGGCGGACGAGACGAAACCUCCGGUCUCCAGGAUCCCGGGCUACGCCACCCAGACCUGCGCGCCUCCCCUCCUGCCCCAGCUGGAGUCCGUCGGCCUCGACAACUACAACGAGGACGACGACGAGAACAACGAGGAUGACGACGACGAGAACAACGAGGACGACGACGGCAGUGAGGCGGACACGUGGCGGAGCCAGAGCUUGGAUUACGGGAUCGUGGUGAAGGAGGAAGAGGAGGUAGAGGAGGAAGGAUGGCCCGAGGGACACGGUGGUGCAGACGCCAUCAUUUCCUCCCAGGAGGAAGGGAUCGGGACACAGCCGAGCGAACAGCUGGCGUGGUGGAUGUCGUACAGGCGACAGUUUCAGGACGUUCGGACCAGCGGGCUUCAGGAAGAGGACGAGGAAGAGGAGGGAGAGGACGCUGACGCGGGCGGGAGUAUCCUGGUGGACUGGGACCCAAACACCGGCAGGCUUCAGAUCCCAAACCUCUCCAUGUUAGAAAUGGAAGCCGACCAGGAGGAACGACCGGAGUGUGACCAGGUGGUACCGACGGACAUUUUGGCCAACGUGUAUGUCAGACAGUCAUCUGAGGACUCCACUGCGUCUGAGGAUGCACUGACAAAAAUCGAGAAUAACUGGGCUCUACAGAUCAAUAUGGAAAAAUAAUCUAAAUGAAGGCUUCGGAGGGAUUAUUUACAAAUAUAUAUAUGCACAUUUUAUUUUUCUGAAUCAUGUUGCUCAACUUCAUACCUUAUACACAAGGUUUUCCUGCUCCCAGAAGAGGUAACUGGAGCUAUCUAAUUUGAAGAUAAACUAAAUGAGUGAGAUGGAUAAUUUCCUGUGCGGAAGAAAAGCUUGUAGACAUUGAAGCACACUUUCAAAUCUUUUAUCUCUAUAAACUAUAUAGUGCCUACACAAAAUGAUUAUGCUAUUUUAUGUUGCAGUAAUGUUGCUAUUUCUAGUUUACAUAUCCAAUGUAUGGUAAUGAAGGAAUAUUCACUCAGGUAUUUUAAAAAUUCUAUUUAUAAAAUGCAUAUUUUGUAAUCUAUUUUUCUAUUGAUACAUUGCUUAUUUAAAAAUUAUAGACUGAUAGAUUUUGACAGAAGUAUAUGAAUGAAGGCAGAUUAAACUGAUUUUAAUAAUCAACUUUUUAAUCUUCUCAAGCAGGAUCUCCUUUGAGCUUAGCUCAUAUUUGUAACUCAUUAAGCCAGCCUUUCUGAACAAUAUGAGCUUUCCUGUGCGCUUUAUGCCUCAUUGAUUUUGCCCUCCUCUACUGCAUUCAGUUACUGUAAUGUACACAUGUACCUUUCAAGGGAAAACAAUUCUAGGAAUAUACUUUGCAGGUAUUCUUUAACAAGACUACUAAAACCAUGACGAAACAGAUAUUCUGGAACAGGACAGGUGAACAGGAAUUGCAUCAAACAUUGUCAUUUUAGUACAACUUUCGUAUCUCCAGUGCUGCGGUGGAACCAGCCUAUCCCACCUAGUUUUCACCUCCCGUUUAUCAAUGUUUUCUUUAUGUUCAAAAACACACGGAAAGGCUUCCUCUUUAAAAGCUGUGGACUAUUAUUACUGUGAAAAACAAAUGUGACCACAUUUAAAGGGACUAGUUAAAUCAUUGUUCAACAAAACCCAGAAACGUGUGGUCACUUCUUUGCGGUUCAGAAGGUGAAAUCUGAAUUUAGUAUAAAUACACUACCUUACAGUUUCUGUUUCCGAAUAUCUGGGCUAUACACAAAAAAGUACAUUAAUUUCCCUUAUGUUUUAUAUCACUCAUAAUAAUCCAGUGUAGUAAAAAUGUGAAAUUUUACAUACAAAAUGUUCAGUUUACAUAUUGAAAUUGUUACAUUUAGGUAGAAGAAAAAUCUAUGUGAAAAAUGCAAACAGCUUAUAUUGUAGUUGCAUAGGAGAAUGCAACCAUAAUAACUGUAAAUAUAUUCAGAAGUUAUAAGACAUUUUAUUUUAGUUUUUUGAUCAAUCCACUGUUCAAUCGACAUGUCGCAUUAAAAAAAUAUAUACAUUU